GAUGCAUGAUCUUGACAAACCCCUUCCGGAGCUUCUUAAAAUGCUCCAGACUGCAGAGGAGAACCUUACUAAGGGCAAGGGUGCUUCCGUCCUUAUGGUCCAAGGCGGAAAGGGGAAGCCGAAGAAGGGGAUUAAGAUUAAGGCUAGGACGGUCGGAAAGCCUAAAUCGAAGUCCACUUCAUCUGCAACCCAGAAACCCAUAGGAGGAGUUGCAAAGGGAAAAUGUCAUCACUGUGGUAAGGCAGGCCACUGGAGGAGAAACUGCAAGACAUACCUCGCAACCAAGAAGAAGGAAGGUACGACCAUUUCUUCUGAGGUGUAUGUUAUAGAAGUUAACAUGUCUAUAUCUUCAUCUUGGGUACUAGAUACUAGAUGUGGGUCUCAUAUCUGUACUACCAUGCAGGGACUGAAGCAGAGUAGACGGUUAGCUCGAGGCGAGAUUGAACUCCGAGUCGGCAAUGGUGCACCUGUUGCAGCUUUGGCAAUCAGAACUUAUAGUUUAGUCUUGCCUAGUGGUCUAACAAAGAAUGUUUUCUAUGCUAAUGCCAUCAUGACCAAUGGGUUAUAUGUCCUUGACUUGGACAUGCCUGUCUAUAACAUAUCAGCCAAGAGGAACAAACCAAACGGUUUGAACCAAACAUACCUAUGGCAUUGUAGGUUAUGCCAUAUAAACGAGAAAUGCAUAUCCAAGCUACAUCGGUCAGGAAUGCUGGAGUCAUUUGAUCUUGAAUCAUAUGACACAUGUGAAUCUUGUUUAUUGGUUCCAACCAAGGCUGUUGAAGGAACACCAUACCAGCUAUGGACGGGCAAAUGCCCGGUUCUGUCACACUUAAAGAUUUGGGGCUGUGAGGCUUACGUCAAACGUCUUAUGACGAAUGGCAAGCUUGACGCCAAGUCUGAUAAGUGUUUCUUCGUGGGAUACCCCAAGGAAACUCGAGGAUAUUCAUUCUAUCACCCUAUCGAUAAGAAGGUAUUUGUUGCUCGCAAUGGUGUCUUCCUCGAGAAGGAAUUUCUCUCCAACGCAACUAGUGGGAGAAAGAUAGAGCUCGAAGAAAUUCGAGACGACGAAGAAAUUACCGCGCCGGUUCAGGAACAUGAGCUAGAGGAACAAACCGGUGUACCUCAAAAUGCUCAAGAUACACAAGAACCCCGUAAGUCUAACCGGUUACGCACACAACCUGAAAGGAUUGUGUCGGCCAAUGGAGAAAAAAUCUUACCCAAUCAUGUUGACCCUGAAACUAGACUGCAGAGCAGUAUGACGAUAGAGAUUGUUCAAUAGAAUAUAUGAAUCUGAUCCACAAUUAAGUUGGAAAAUAUUAGAGGGAAGGAAUAAUAUCAUCAUGACAUCUUACGACCCAAACAUGGAAAUUGAUUCAUUCUACAUAAAUUCAACUAGUACCCCAAUGACACCGCGCAUUCAAGAUCGAUCGCUCUCAUCUCGAAUAUCAUUUAUCCCUUCCAAACUCUGAGAGAGAAAAGUUAGGGAAAUUUACAAACAAUUGUAACAUUCCAUAAUCAUAUACAAAUAAGUGAUUGAGCAAAGUCGAGAAAUAUCAGAGAUUACAAAGCCAAUUAGCCGAACAUCACAAAAGUGAAGAAUUAAAAUUCAGGAAAUAUGGAAACAAGAUUAUUGUUUAUUAUUUAAAAAAUAAGGAUACAAGACUAAUCAACUCUGAUCCAUCCAAAACAAGAAAAUUACCCAAUAAAAACAGUAAAUGAAUCUGUCAAGG